UACAACAUUACAUUGAAGACAUCCUCCUCCAAGAAGAUUCCUUUGAUACAUGCAUUAAGGACAUGUGAGCUGAAUCUUAAAGUGUAAACAGGCAGUCACUGUUGGCUAAGGAAGCUUGCACCUGCCCUCCUACUCUUCACCCCACCCCUAAGGAUGUCAUGGAUUGGUCAGAUGCAAGAAUAUUGAACUAAGCCACAGUCCUGGGUGUGGAACCUCAGUGUGUGAAACAAAGAGGUUAGAGGUUGGUCCCAGUCUGGGGAUGGCUCCUGUUUCUUCUGUCUCAGGCACUUGAGAUGGCUUUUCCCUACCGCAGGUCCAUAAACCUCAAGACUCUGGCCUGCCUUCUGGUGGGCAUGAGCUUCUUGGCACUGCAGCAGUGGCUCCUCCAAGCCCCGAGGUCCCAGCAGCAGGAGGAGAGGCGGGACGGCCCUACCGGUGCGCCCGCGGCCGCCACGCAGCCCGUGGUGCUCUACCCGGGACCCCAGUGUGCAGCCAACACCUCGGCGAACGCCGUGGCCGACUUCCAGCGGCUGCCCGCGCGGAUCCAAGACUUCCUGCGCUACCGCCACUGCCGCCACUUCCCGCUGCUCUGGGACGCGCCGGCCAAGUGCGCGGGCGGCCGCGGCGUCUUCCUGCUGCUGGCCGUGAAGUCGUCGCCCGCGCACUACGAGCGACGCGAGCUCAUCCGGCGCACGUGGGGGCAGGAGCGCAGCUACGGCGGGCGGCCCGUGCGCCGCCUCUUCCUGCUGGGCACCGCGGCGCCCGAGGACGCGGCGCGCGCCGAGCGGCUGGCGGCGCUGGUGGGGCUGGAGGCGCGCGAGCACGGCGACGUGCUGCAGUGGGCCUUCGCCGACACCUUCCUCAACCUCACGCUCAAGCACGUGCUCCUGCUCGACUGGCUGGCGGCGCGCUGCCCGCACGCGCGCUUCCUGCUCAGCGGCGACGACGACGUCUUCGUGCACACCGCCAACGUGGUCGGCUUCCUGCAGGCGCAGCCGCCCGACCGCCACCUCUUCACCGGGCAGCUCAUGCACGGCUCCGUGCCCAUCCGUGACAGCCGGAGCAAGUACUUCGUGCCGCCGCAGCUCUUCCCGGGACGGGCCUACCCGGUGUACUGCAGCGGGGGCGGCUUCCUCCUGUCCAGCGCCACGGCCCGCGCCCUGCGCACGGCCUCCCAGCACACGCCGCUCUUCCCCAUCGACGACGCCUACAUGGGCAUGUGUCUGGAGCGCGCCGGCCUGGCGCCCAGCGGCCACGAAGGCAUCCGGCCCUUCGGCGUGCAGCUGCCCGGCGCCCAGCAGCCCUCCUUCGACCCCUGCAUGUACCGCGACCUGCUGCUUGUGCACCGCUUCGCGCCCUACGAGAUGCUGCUCAUGUGGAAGGCGCUGCACAACCCCGCACUGAGCUGUGGCCAGAGACACAGGGUCUCCUGAGGCCGGGUGGGCUGCUGGGUGGAUGAGCGGCCUCAGCCCCCAGGCCGCACCACGUGAGGGUUUCCGUGCUGAGAACGCCUCUGUCCUGCUCUGGGUACCUUCUGUCCUGCCACCCAGCUAUGUGCAUCUGAACCCUGG